UUGUAGUAUUUUUUUGCAUCUGUGGUGUUUUUUUUCCUAGUUAAAUAUAAAUCUGUACCAUUGUGCGCGGCGCCAAGCACGACGCGGUCGCCGGUACGCGCGUGUUCGAUAGUACAUAUUUGCGCGUCGUUUUUGUUAAUCGUCUUGAUAGUGAAUUCUUGUUCAGUUUAAAAAUAAAAUACUUGCUAAAUUACCGGCAAAGAAAACAGGUUUUAGAAUAAAAUCAAAGAGCUGUGAUGACUCCACCGGGCGGGCCAGAGCCCCCGAACAUCGUGGUGCUGGACGGGGGCUUCUCCACGCAGCUUUCGUGCCACGUGGGGCACGUCAUAGACGGAGACCCUCUGUGGAGCGCGCGCUUCCUCCACACCCAUCCUGAUGAAGUCGUUAGCACGCAUCUCGACUUUCUUAGAGCGGGGGCGGACAUGAUAAUAACAAACACGUACCAGGCUUCAGUGGAGGGCUUCAUGACACACCUGGGCCUGGACCGCCAGCAGAGCACCGACCUCAUCGUGCGCGCCGUGGAGCUGGCCAAGCGCGCGCUCGCGCUCUAUCUCGACGAGUAUCAGGACUGUCUACAUGAUGAUAACAGACCGCUUAUCGUUGGAUCUGUCGGCCCUUAUGGGGCUCACCUACACGACGGUUCAGAGUAUGAUGGCAGUUAUGCUGAUACUACAUCAGUUGAAGUAAUGCGCGAGUGGCACAGGCCAAGAAUCGAGGCACUGGUGGAGGCUGGCGUAGAUUUGUUGGCUCUGGAAACGAUUCCAUGUCAAGAGGAGGCAGAGAUGCUAUGUGACUUGUUGCGCGAGUUUCCUAACAUGAAAGCCUGGCUGGCUUUCAGCUGUAAGGACGAUCAAAGCAUAGCUCAUGGCGAAAGCUUCCAAAAAGUGGCGAAGAAAUGCUGGGAUUUGAAUUCGGAACAGUUGGUAGCAGUGGGCGUCAACUGUUGUGCGCCCUCCUAUGUGGCGCGCUUAAUUAAGGGUAUCAAUGCCGACCGGCCACAUGCGCCUAUUCCCCUUAUCGUCUACCCUAAUUCUGGGGAAAAAUACAAUCCUCAAAUAGGAUGGAUCGAUCGUGAUAAAUGUGAAGCUGUAGAGGUGUUCAUCAAGGAGUGGCUGGAUCUCGGCGUUCGCUACGUGGGCGGCUGCUGUCGUACUUACGCCAACGACGUCACGCGGUUCCGAAACCAAGUGCGCUCUUGGUGCGACCAGUACCGCUUCAAGCACAAGCUUCAAGGACAAGCUAAGCCUGUUUCCAACUAAAGAUCUUACUGGGGACUAGUCAACGAAGUGACAAACCGAAACGGGUUACAGAAGUCAGCUGAAAAUAAGAUCAGAUGUCUACUAUUUUUGGCGCAACCAUUACCUCUUGUACCUAGUCUUAAAAUUAAACAAUCAGAUAAAAUUGUAACUUCUUGUAAUAGUCUAAUUGGACUAGUCGACAUCGAGAAAAUUUAAAUAAAAACCACUUUUACUAAUCUUCGACUGAAAUUGUAAGGAUACUCUUACAUAUGUAUGUACCUCUGAACCUAAGUAGAUAAUAUAGGUACCUAUUUUAUUUGGUUUAUGUUUACGAGGCUGUAAAACUUUAUCGUCUUUUAAAAACAACGAUCCUUUUCACGAAGAAGGUCCCAGUCACCAGGGCUUGCACGAUUUAGAAUAAAAUUUAUUCUGCAAAUAAAAUGGGAAAGUUGCAGAACUAGUUUUUAAAUCAGCUUGGAGUUUUGCAGUUAUUUUGAACUUGCUCUUUGUAGACAAAAAACUUUUGUAAUGAUAAGUAAAUACGUGCCAUUGAAUUAAAAAAAAUACUAUAUUUUUUUAAUAAUUUGUUAUUACUACAACGUUAUUGUGAAAUAUAUGUAGUUAUAUGAAAGUAUUUAUUUUAAUAAACCAAAGAUAAAACAAAA